UAGAUAAAAUUAUUGUAUUAGUAAUUUAUCUAUGAACUGUUCUUUUACUAUUAUUUUCUAUCCCAAAAAAAGUAGUUUUAUACGGGAAUAUCUAAUAUUAGUGAAUGUGAUUUGUGAUUUGCAUUUUCAAGGGAUAAUUAACAUGUUAGAGUUAUAAUAAUCACAAAUUAUUGAAAUUGGCAGAUCUACAUAUUCAAUAUUUCCACUUAUUAGGAGUGUAUUAUUUUGAGAAGAGAGGCAGGAGUUAAUUUGAUUUGAGAAAUGGCUUGUAACGAGGCAGUUCUGAAAUUUUUGGAAUAUCAUAACCGCCCAUAUUCUGCAAAUGAUAUCCAGAGUGGAGUAAAAGGUGAUUUUGGAAAAUCUGCUGUUAUGAAAGCACUGGUUUUUUUGGUUCAAAAAGGAAAAAUACUUGAGAAAACAUAUGGAAAGCAAAAGAUAUACUGCAUAAUUCAAAAUGCUAUCGAAUCAUCUUCAGAUUUGCAAGAGCGACUUUUAGAAUUGGAUAGAGAUAUAAACGAGAAAACUUUGCAGCUAAAAGAGCUUCGUGACGAAUGUAAAAGGAAAACGAAGUUAGUAUCAGACAUAAAAGGAAAAGUCAGUCUAACCUCUGCAUUAUAUAGAAAAGUAAAUCUCGAAAAAGAAAUCGAGAAUAUUGAGAACAUGUUAAAGGGAUAUAGUGAUUGUGAACUUAUUUGUUCGCAGAAAAAGCAAGAAGUUUCAAAAGAAUUUGAGAAAUAUUUGAAGGAAAUGAAAAAGAGAAGGCGGAUUGGUCUCGAUAUUUUGAAUACAAUUCUAGAUAGUUAUCCAAAAACUAGAAAACAGUUGUGCGAAGAUAUUGGUAUUGAAACUGAUGAAGGUGCCGGAUUUUCAGUUGAUAAAUUCCAAUAAUUCUUAAGCGACUUGUGUUGACAUGAGAAUGUAGAUGAUAAUAAAUAUUAUAAUUUUGUGCUGUUAAAUAAGAAUUGUAAUUGUACUUCAAGUUGCCGCGUUAUUUGUAAUAAAUAUAAAAAAUAUGAAAUAGAUGUAAUGUGUCUAAUUUA